AUGUCUCAGCUGUCUGAUUACCGUGUUUUGUGCUUCGACAUCUACGGCACCCUGAUAGACUGGGAAGGCGGCAUCCUUGUGGCCCUCUUGCCGACGAUUGAAACAUGCAAUAUGAAAUUCUCCCGUGAAGAAAUACUCAACCAAGACUUCGGAUUGCCAUACCCCAAAUUGUUGGCGACUGUGUAUCCUACACUGAUUUUACGCCUGGGUCUGGCCGCACCCUCACCCGAUGAGCACAUCAAAUUCAGUGAGUCAAUCGCACACUGGCCUGCUUUUCCUGACACUGUGGAGGCUCUCAAGUAUUUGCGCAAUUAUUACAAGCUAGUUGUGCUGUCCAAUGUGGAUCGGGCUUCUUUCGCGAAAACAAAUGCUGGCAGCCUGCAAGGAUUCCAGUUUGAUCUCGUCAUCACAGCUGAGGACAUCGGCUCAUAUAAGCCUGAUCUGCGUAACUUUGUAUACAUGCUGGACUCUGUAAAGUCAGCGUUUGGUAUUGAUGCCGGUCAGGUGCUUCAGACGGCCCAGAGUCAAUUCCAUGACCACCAUCCAGCGCGUGAAGUCGGUCUGAAAUCUGUUGCUGUCACAUACACCGCUGAUCAAUUUCACGGCAUCUACCGAGGGAAAAAAUGUCAUGAAUCGGACUGGGCAGAAGUCCUGGAUCGGGCUCGGCAAUACGGAUGCGAGAAGAUGAUGUUGAGAACUAUGAAUCUUGCCGGAGCCUAUCAGAACCUCGAGGUCGUUAAACGGUACCCUGAUAUGUGUACAAUGACCUUGGGUGUACAUCCAUACCAUGCAGCAGAGAUUUACAAAGAGGAUGGCUACUUGGAGCGACUUCGAGAAUUCGGUCAACAGGUCUUGGAAGAGCAUCCCACGUGCUUGGCUGCGUUCGGCGAGAUUGGCCUUGAUUACGAGUACCAGCGUGCUUUCGAGGAUCAGUUAGAUCUGGCCGUACAAAUGAAAUUACCCCUGUUUCUCCAUGUUCGCAGUUCUUGCUCGGAAUUCAUCGAGAUUAUCAAGCCAUACUUGCCCAAGUUGCCACGCGGAGGCCUUGUGCACUCCUUUGCCGGUUCGAAAGAUGAGAUGUUACAGCUUGUGAGACUAGGGCUCGGAAUUAGUGUGAACGGGGUAUGCUUUCGGACUGAUGAACAGCUUGAGAUGAUUCGCCAUAUCCCCUUAGAUCGGCUACAAUUAGAAACAGACGCGCCGUGGUGUGAGAUUGUUAUGUCGGACGCAAUUUCGAUGUAUCUGGACAACGCCCGGCCACUUCCUGCAUCACGGAAACAUGGUAAAUUUGUCUUUGGGCAAAUGGUCAAGGGCCGCAAUGAGAGCUGUACUAUGGAGCGAGUAGCUAUGGUUGUGGCUGGAUUGAAGGGAUUAUCGGUCGGAAGGGUGGCAGAUGCUGCUUGGAACAAUAGCGUGCGCAUGUUUGGAUGA